GUCCUUCCUCUUCGCCACAUAUUCUCAUCCUUCAUUUCUAUGUCCACCAAUUUUAUCGGAUCACAACUAUUCCUUUUAAAACCUCUUUCCUCUCACAACAAUCUCUCAACUUUCGCCAUGGCCGCUUGUAUUCACUCUUCAAGAACCAAAACUCCUCCUACAAAUCCCCUUUCUUGCAAUCCAAACAAGCCCCAAAUCGACAAUCAUGUCUAUAACUACGUUAAAUACUGUCGACCCAAUUUCCCUGACCUUGUUUCCUGCGCACCCAUUCCUGAAAAAAACUCCAAAAUCGGUCGCGACGAAGAGGAAGACGAUUUAUGGCUAAAAAUGAAAGACGAGGCUAGAUCAGACAUUGAUCAAGAACCCAUUUUGUCUAAUUACUACAUAACUUCAAUCUUGGCUCAUGAUUCUAUGGAAAGGGCUUUGGCUAAUCAUCUUUCAAUGAAAUUGAGUAAUUCAAGUCUUCCUAGCAGUACUUUAUAUGAUCUUUUCCUGGGGGUGCUCACAGAGGAUUGCUCACAAGAUAUAGUUAAAGCUGUUGUAGCUGAUUUAAGGGCUGUUAAAGAAAGGGACCCAGCUUGUAUUAGUUACGCACACUGUUUCUUGAAUUUUAAAGGUUUUUUAGCAUGUCAAGCUCAUAGGAUUGCUCAUAAAUUAUGGUCAAAUGGUAGGCAAAUUUUGGCACUGUUGAUACAAAACAGGGUAUCUGAAGUUUUUGCUGUUGACAUACAUCCUGGAGCUAAAAUUGGUAAAGGGAUUUUACUUGAUCAUGCUACUGGAGUUGUGGUUGGUGAAACUGCUGUGAUUGGAAAUAAUGUGUCAAUUUUGCAUAACGUGACAUUAGGUGGCACUGGAAAAAUAUGUGGGGAUAGACAUCCGAAAAUUGGUGAUGGGGUAUUAAUUGGUGCUGGAACUUGUGUUCUUGGAAAUGUUAAAAUUGAAGAUGGAGCUAAAAUUGGGGCAGGGUCGGUUGUGCUGAAGCAAGUUCCGGCGAGGACUACCGCCGUUGGGAAUCCGGCAAGGUUGCUCGGAGGGAAGGAAAAUCCAAAGAAACUUGAUAAGAUUCCUAGUUUGACCAUGGACCAUACAUAUGAGUGGUCUGAUUAUGUAAUUUAGAGGAAUAAUAAAGUUUUAUUUUUGUUUACUAUUGUUUUAGUUUUUUUUUAUUAGAUUAAUGAAAUGCUCCUCGAGGAAUUUUAGUUUCAGGGAGAAUAUUUCCUUGAGUGGAGAUGUUGUACAAGCCAUUUACUCCUAGGUAAGUGGUUUUAUAUUAAGAGAUUACUGUUCUAGAUUU